AUGACUACCGGGCAGUUCCAGGAGUGGCAACGGAUUACAGAUUUCAGCCUUCUGAAAGUAUGGUCCAUUGGAUGCGUUGAAGACUCGGCACUGCUCCGGAGUAUUGUGGAUAUUCACCCUUUCCAGCAUCUCGCACAACUCACUCUUGCUCUAAUUGAAUCGAAAGGGGACGAAAAUCUUGAAUUUCGGCGUGCUGCCGAGGAAAUGUUCAAGUCUCUACCUCCGUUAACCUAUCUUUGGCUACUGGGAUCUUAUACACCUGCCUUUCUCAAUCACGGAGUCCUGGUUAAACAUGGACCAACUUUACUUGAACUGAAAUUAUAUAAGCGCCCAGAGAGAAUGCCCGUGCGUCAUGAUAUGCGCAGGCUUUGGCGAAAACUUGGACGUAAACGAACUGCGCCUGUAUUUUCGUCCGAUGACAUUUCAGAGCUCGCAGGCCGGUGUCCGUCUUUACAGAAGCUACGACUAUGCGCACAAAGACCUCAAGGUCUCGGGACGGAUGUCUGGAAUGCAUUUGGCCGCUUUCGACACCUUGAGGAGCUCGACCUGACAUUAAAAUGCUCACCUGAGAUGGAUACCAACAUGAUGCCGGUCCCGCUCCGUGAGCUCUCGGAAUUUGAAAAGGGCGUGGUGGAAUGUAGUUUCACUUGCCGGAGAUGGUUUAUUCGGGACUGCAUUAUAAACUCUUCUAUCAACGAGAGUCUGGCUAAGGCAUUCUUCACGCAUAUACGCACAUGUCAGGAGGUAAAACGCUUCGCCAACCUGGUGAUUCGUCCUCUUUGUACCCCAGCUCCUGGCGAUCACUUCUGGAACCACCUGGCUCUUACGUGGAUAAUUAAAGUAGAUCCUCUCACAGGCCUACAUGCAAAAUCCAGUAAACCCUCCAAAACUAGCGUUCCAACACCGGAGACGAGCUUUGAAGCUGAGAUGCUAUCGAUUGUUCAAUCCAUCUGA